AUGGCGUGGCUCCGUCAGAGUCGAGGUUCUCCCCGACUCGUGCUGGUGGUGGUGUGUGUCGCUCUGCUGCUCGACAACAUGCUGCUGACUGUGGUCGUGCCGAUCAUCCCGACCUUCCUCUACGCCAUCGAACAUCCCAGUUCAGAGCUCCAGACCGCCCAGCCCUCCCUGGUCCCUGUGCCCAGCCUCAGUGCACCACGCUUGGGCACGGUGACCGCACAGUCCCCCUCCCCAAGGUUAAAAUUCCAGACCUCCAGCAGGAGCUCGGAUUUCCCUGAGCCCAGCCACAGUGCACCGGUCCUGGGUACACAGUCAGAUCAGAGCCCCCGGUUGUCUCCUCUGGUGUCCCUGUUUGACAACUCUACCUUCAGCCUGCAGGAGAUUCGGACUGAGCCCACCCCUUACAAAGAGACCACGGACCGGAGUGGCCUGAACACAGAACAGGAGAUCAACGCAACUACAGAGUCCUCAUGUCUUCAGGACAGUGCGUUUCUGGAGGAGGAAAAUGUUCGAGUUGGUUUGUUGUUUGCCUCUAAAGCUAUCGUGCAGCUGCUCAUCAACCCCUUCGUUGGACCGCUCACCAACAGGGUCGGGUAUCACAUCCCCAUGUUUGCUGGUUUCAUCAUCAUGUUUGUGUCAACCAUCAUAUUUGCGUUCUCAGGGACGUACGCUCUGCUGUUCUUUGCUCGUUCUCUGCAAGGAAUUGGUUCAUCCUUCUCGUCUGUGGCAGGUCUAGGUAUGCUGGCCAGUGUGUACACAGAUGAUGAGGAGAGAGGCAUUGCGAUGGGCAUUGCACUGGGAGGACUGGCUAUGGGAGUCCUGAUUGGAGCUCCAUUCGGCAGUGUGAUGUAUGAGUUUGUAGGGAAGCGCGCUCCCUUCCUGAUCCUGGCCUUCCUGGCUGUGUUUGAUGGAGCAUUACAGCUGUUCAUCCUGCAGCCUUCAAAGAUCUCCCCAGGGAGUGUGGAGGGGACGCCAUUACUGACACUGUUGAAGGACCCGUACAUCCUCAUUAGUGCAGGUUCUCUGUGUUUUGCCAACAUGGGUGUGGCCAUCCUGGAGCCGACCCUGCCCAUCUGGAUGAUGCAGACCAUGUGCUCCCCUAAAUGGCAACUUGGUAUAGCUUUCCUCCCUGCCAGUAUCUCCUACCUGAUUGGAACGAACCUGUUUGGUGUUCUGUCCAACAAGAUGGGACGGUGGCUCUGCUCCAUGAUAGGGAUGUUUAUCAUUGGCAUCAGUCUGCUGUGUGUUCCUUUUGCCACCAGUAUCUAUGGCCUGAUUGGACCUAACGGAGGUUUGGGCUUCGCUAUAGGUAUGGUGGACACCUCCAUGAUGGCCAUCAUGGGUUACCUGGUUGACAUCCGUCACGCCUCCGUCUACGGCAGCAUCUAUGCCAUCGCAGACGUGGCGCUGUGUCUGGGGUUCGCUAUUGGACCAUCCACAGGGGGCGCUCUGGUUCAGGUGGUGGGUUUCCCCUGCCUCAUGGUGUUUAUCGGGGUGAUCAACAUCCUGUACGCGCCACUCUGCUUCCUGUUACGUAACCCUGCAGUCAAAGAGGAAAAAAUGGCCAUUAUUGACCAGGAGUGUGUGAUGCACAGGACCUACAACACACAGAACGAGAGUCGUGAGUUUCCUCUCAGCGACUACAGCGAAGAAGAGGAGGCAAUGGAGUGACACACACACACACACACACACACACGCGCGCACACACACACACACACACACACACACACACACACACACACACACAC